AAUGAAAAUAAAGCAGCAAUGCGUAAACAAGCGCUGGAUCCUCCUCCGCCGCUCUCUCCUAUCAUCUAGCCUAUAUUCUGAAACCAGUUCCGUAUUCAGCGCUACUUUAAUGUAACGUCGGUUCGCACACCAUACAGCGUGUAGGUUGUAUAAUUAUCGGAUAAGAUCACACCAUCUCGACCAUGGAGCCUUGAACUGGAAGACACCCACAGCACCACAGAGAUGAAAAUGCAGCACACUUGAUAUCUCCCUGGAGGGGAAACCUGAAUUAAGAUGAAGCGACUGAAGGGGAAAACCCAACAGUGUGGAGCAUUGCAGAAAGUCCUGUGAACACUGACCUCCAGCCCCCAUCAUUCCUUUCCCCCAAAUACACAACACUCCCAUCACCACUCCUGCUCUGGUCCAAGAUGACCUCACCGAGAAAGCACCUGGUCAAGGAUUUCAACCACUUUAUCACAUGCUACGUGUGUAAAGGAUACCUGAUCAAGCCCACCACGGUGACAGAAUGCCUGCACACCUUUUGUAAAAGUUGCAUCAUCCAACACUUUGAAGACAGCAACGACUGCCCAAAAUGUGGCAUCCAAGUCCAUGAAACCAACCCUCGAGAGAUGUUAAGGUUGGACAACACUUUAGAGGAAAUCAUUUUCAAACUCGUGCCUGGGCUAAGAGAAAAGGAACAACAGCAGGAGAUCGAGUUCUGGAGGAGUCGAAAGUGGAAGGAGAAUGGAGAAGAAGAUGGCCCCCGAUCGAAGAGAUCCAGGCUGGAUGACGAUGAUGAUGAUGAUGAUGGUGGGGAUGGAGACUACCACAGGAGUGACCCGCAGAUAGCCAUCUGUCUUGACUGUCUACGCAACAGCAGCCUGGUGGGAGAGAACAUUGUUAAGGGCUUAAUGAAGAAAUUUAUACGCUGCUCGACUCGAGUGACAGUCGGAACAAUCAAGAAGUUUCUCAGCUUGAAGUUAAAGCUUCCAAGUUCUUAUGAGCUAGACGUCCUAUGCAACGGGGAGAUCAUGGGAAAAGACCACACCAUGGAGUUCAUCUACAUGACGCGGUGGAGACUUCGCGGUGAAACCGCCUACCCAAUGGUACUAGAAUAUCGGCCACGGAUAGACUUUGGUUGACGGAGAGAGACGUGGGACUACUCCUGCACUAACAGCCCAUUGACAGACUACACAAUGAAUGGAUGUGCCUGGCACAAGAGACAAGGACCACGUCUUCCUAUCAUCUGCAUGCAGUAGUCCGUUAUUGCCUCUAAUCUCAUUCUGUUCUUGUAUGUUAUCUUCCAGUUUCACAGAUUUCUUUCUAAAACGCAACAACGGUUUAAGAACAUGCCUGCAUAUCAUGGCGUAUUAAUGCUUGGAAACGUACCAAAAUGUAACUGACUCAAGAGUGAAGACCUGCCGUUGGUCCACAUCACUUGAAAGUGUUAAGAAUAAUGCAAAGUGAAAUGACUAGUAAUCCACUGUUACGCAACACAAGAAAGAUAUUCCAAGACAAAGGUGUACACUGGCAAACGGCCCAUAAUAUUUCCCCCGAUCUCCUAUCUAUGCUGUAUUUAGUGUCUUACAUGACCUCUCCCCUUACUUCUGUUUUUAAUCAUUAAAGGGGCAAUCAGCAGUUGCAACAUCCGUUUUUGGACUUAUAAAUUAACCAUAUAUGCCCAUUGAUUCUUGAAGAAUAUAACUUGUAUAAAUGCCUCACGAGCUUAGUUCAACUGUCGUACCCGAUCUGAACCCAAAAUAUAAACUUGUUUUACUCCAAUGUUUGUAAACAAAGUAAAUGUAAACAAACUGGAUAUAUCCCCAAAACAUGGUAAAAACCUAUAAUUGUAAUAUCAUGGAAGGUCAGUCCUUGCAUCAAUAGCUCUGUCUAUAAAUGUGAGAGUGGUUGCAUUUCUCCAGCCCCAUCCUUAGCUUUUACCGAAUUAGGGACGGGGGAAUAGGCUUUGUUAUUGUUUCUACUAAUGAUUGCCGCUUUAACUAUGGUAGUGCCUUUCCCCACAUGUCUCUCUUUCAGUGGACUGCAAAAUCCAAACUGCUCAUCAUAUCAAAUUCCUUGUUUAAUAGCCUAGUGGAGUCAAAAGCCCCAUGUUAUAGCUUAUAUAGGUCAUUCUACAGAAAAUGUGCAAAUCGGGGGUUGAAUUUUUGUAAUAAUUUGUAUCCUAUUUUUCCCAAACUUUCAGCAAACGUCUUCCAACAUAUGUCAGGUGACUUACUGUAUAUGCUACUUGCACACUUUGUAUUGCAUAUUUUACCUGUAUUCCUUACUAAAUAUGUAACUAUGGAAACAUAGUGAACAAGUUGCGGUAAAGGGAGAACCAUGCACAGUAGUGAUCAUUUUGAUUAACGUAUUACAGAUUUUAUUUGCAUAACAAAAUAGUAAAAACAUAAAUAUAAUCUUUGUUGUUCUCUGUGAAAUGUUGAUUGUAUGAAUCCGAAACUUGUUGAUUGAUUGAAUUGCUUAUGCAUCUAAUUAAUUGUGUUUUUAGAUGUUUAAAUGAUCACUUUACCUAUCUUUAUUUUGGCAAAAUACCAGGUGUUUCUGUGUCAAGUGUCAAUCAUAGAGAUCCAUGGAUCACUCUAGGUGACUAUAACCCUGAAUUUAUGUGGUUUUGAGUUCAUGAGCCCUUUAUUAAAUUGUAAGAAACUCAAGUAGGAUGAAUUUGAGUACAGUAUAGUAGAGCACAGUACAGUAUAGCACAUUAAAGGUGUCUAUGUUUUGGCCAAAUAGAUGUCAGUGUUUUGGCUCUUGGAGGGUUGGAGCUCCCCUGCUGGCUAUGCAUCUUAAUACUUGACACUUUUUCCUGAAGUGUGCGCUUGUCCACUACCCACAUGGUGGUCCUCUCUUCCUCAGUUGGUAGAACAUGGAGCGUAACUUUUACAUGGAGAUCGCACGGGCAACACCAUUGAGGCGGUCACAGAUACCAUAAUGGCACAGAUAUAUAGAGUUCUCGUCUUUGUAUCUGUAUGGUGUCAAUUGUUUCGGUUGUAACCGUUUUGGUUUGGACAAUUUUGACACAUUUUGGACUUUAAGAAUCGCCAUAGCUAACAUAUAGCUGGCUAUCUUUCAUUUGGGCAGAUGUACAUCGCAGAACCGUACUUUACAUAUUAAUUGAUUAUACUAGAUGUUCGGCAGUGAAACUGCUUAAAAAUACAUGAAGACUUACCAACUUGCUCACUCAUUUUCUCUAAAAUGUUUGCAGGCAGACUGCUCAUCAUGUGGUCAUGCUGGAGAGGGGUGGGCUAAGACACUGCAUUUCAAUACAAGAGGCGUCACUGCAGUAACUGGUUCGAAUCCAGGCCUCAUCACAUCCGGCCGUAAUUGGGAGUCCCGUAGGGCAGUGCACAAUUGGCCCAGCGUCUUCAGGGUUUGGCCGGGGUAGGCCGUCAUUGUAAAUAAUAAUUUGUUCUUAACUGACUUGCCUAGUUAAAAAAAAAAUCAAUUACAAAUGUAAAAAUAAUCCCAUUACCUGGUGAUAUUUGUAGGGUUGUGGCUUAAGGCACAUUCAUUCUACAGUCUUUAAAUGUGUGUGUUUCAGUAGUGCCAUCAAAAGUUGGGACAGCAUUUAUUUGAAAAAUUUUUUAAAUUAAACAAAACUACUAAUUUAGAUCAGUAUCUUUCAAUGUAAUAAUAUAAUAACUCAAGAUGUUCUAUUGAAAUUGUAGUAUAAAAAAAUUGCUUUAUUUUCAAACAUGGAGUUUAGGAGUCAGGGUUUGGGACAACCACAUCUCAAUAGAAAUAGCUGUAUAAACAAUGACUGUACUAAAUUGUUUUGCCUUGGAUUGAAUUAGAACAUAUCAUGAUGUAAAUAAAUGUCUUAAGUUUGGAGACUUAACUGUUUUUAAAAAAUAUUGUUUGGGUGUGGGACUUCAAUUUGCACCACUUCUGUAGAAUCGCCCAUGUACAAGGAAGCUAUGGCUACCUACCAUAUCCCUAUCUAAAAAUGAGUUAUAUUCUUCUUUUCAAUGGCAUUUUGAUGUUAUUACCACAUAUAAUGCUAUAUGAGUACUGUAAGACUAGUUUUGCUGGAAGAAGGUUAGAAAAAGCAGAGUAUCGCCUACACUGUCUGAAAUGUGUAGCUGUCUGUUUGUGCACUAUGUAAAACGUAUUGGGCAUUAUGGUUGACUUGUACAUAGUGGAGAUUUGUUUAGACUGUUUACUACUCUACUGGAUGGCUUAACAUUAAUGUAUUAUCACUGCCCUAUAAAAACUGUACAGGCUGGCAUGAUACGGUCCCGCCAUAACCCUCACCAUUUGUUUCUGAUGAUGGAUCAUUAGACAAAUGUUUUAAAGGCUUUUUCCCCUUCACAUAACAUUUCUCUUUUUCUCACUCUCCUCUCAACACCAAAGAAUAAAAGCAGACAUAGCA